UGGAAAUGUUAUGAGUAAAUUUGAUUUUGGAGCAUCUUACUUGGAACCAGUCACUAAUAAUUGGAUUCCAAAUGAAUAUUUUAUAAAUAACAUUGAUCCUCAAAAGGGAUUUUUUCGUUUAUCCGCAACUAGAGAUGGUUAUUUCGAAUGGUGGCAAUAUGAAUAUACAGGCAACGGAAACUACGGUAUAUUUGCAAGUGAUAGGGUCCAAACUUCAGGUUUUAGCUUUCAACUUACCGUAAUUCAAACUCUAAAUGGUGGAUAUGCGAUUGUGUAUGCUAAUUCGACAAAAAACACAAUCGCCGGAAAUAUUACAUCUAAUUUCACUUUAGAGUUAGAUAGUCAAUUUAAUUCUAAUGCUGGGAUAUAUGCUAUAAUAUUGAAUUAUAAUCAAACAAUAACACCUCAAGCAAUUAUUUUACAUGAAAUGCCUACUCCUAACGUUAAUAUUACUUUCUCUAGUUUAACCUGCUCUGUCGAUUACGUUUUCAUUGGUCAAACAUGCAUUGUAGCCGGAAAAUCGGAUCGAAACGUUACAUUUUAUAUUAAAAUACGUUUUCUUUCAUCCGGAUCCAUGCUAGAAUUAGUUUCUGUUUUAAACAUCAUAUCCUCACCAAAUAUCAGAACACUUCCUCUUGGAGGAUAUGCAUUAAUAUCACGACAAUCUUACAUUGGAUUUACAAAUUUCACCUUUAGUCUUUAUGACGAAAAUAGUAAACUAUCCAAUUGGAUAUUUCCGCAACAGUCAAUUACCUCAAAUUUAGUUGGCUCAUUUGAUAUAUUGCAAAAUAAUACGAUGCUAGUGGCGCAAAAUGAAACAUAUAACUCUUGGAAUCUUCUUUCGAUUGAUCUGCCUUCACUUUCCCCGUAUAAUGAUAGUGGUUAUGGCAAUUUACAUGUUAACUCAACAUCUCCUCAAAGAAACUCUAUAGAUUUAGCAUUGAAUACUAAAAUGAUCACAAUCAAAUUCAAUGAUCGCGUUUCGCUUUCGAAUGGAAAUUUAGCAAUCUACCAAAAAAUUAACCAAACAAAUAUUCUUCGACAAACGAUUAAUUCAAGAGCUUGUGAUAAUAGUAAUUGCACUGCUAUUGAUAAAAUAGUCCAACUAAAUAUUCUUGAUUGUACUUUUAAUGAACCGGGUGGCCAAUAUUUUAUACAGAUGGAUAACAAUUUUGUAAAGAGUUCAGAUUAUGGUGAAUCAUUACUUGGAAUUAAUCCAAAUAUAUGGACUUUUAAGACAGAUGAUGUCCAUGGAAUACUAAGAUUAACAACAGAUGGAUCUCUGUAUUUUCAAAGUUUAAAUGACUCAGCAAAAUAUGACUUUUUUACCAAUUUAACAAAAGAACUUUCAGUUAGGAUUCCCACUGAGAAAAAUAGAUUGAGCUCAAAUGAGCAUUAUCAAUUCGAUUCGAAUUCUCAAUCAAAAAUUCUCAUUCCACUUACUAUUAGUGCGGCAAAAAUUGGUGAAAAAUUGCUUAGUACAGAUAUAAUGAAUAAUUUAAACCAAUUAAUAAAGAAUAAAGCAAUUACGGGUAUAUCAACUGGAAAUGCUACAUACUAUUUAGAUGAUACUUAUGGAUUUCAAACAACUAGCUCAAUAUCAGAUUUCUUUGAAAUACAUAAAACAAAGUUCAUUUUAUUAUCUGUAUUUAUUGCUAUAUUUUUACUAAAAUUUAUAGUAGCCCGAUUAAAUUCACCAGAGGGUGAAAACUUUACUAUUCUUCAACUUGGCAUUACCAUAUUUCGUAUUGUCACCGUUACAACAUUUGUUUUUACUGAUGCUAAAACUAUUAAAGUUCUUUAUAUACCAAGCGUAUUUUUUUUCGUGGUUCCCAUAACAUUCAACUUGGUUUUAGCAUUUACAGUAUUAUUUGUUGAACGGGAUGAUGAAUUUGUAUAUUGGUUUUCAAAAUAUGGAAGAAUUUCUACAUCAUUUGCAUUAUUAUCUGGUGCAAAUAUUGAUGUAUUAUUAAUGCUAAAAUCACGUUUGAUGAAACUUCAACUUUUUAAUGCUCCAUUAUCUGAUAAAUCAUUGAAAAUAAUAUUUUGGGGAUCUUGUGCAGACAUAUUUUUAUCAGAUAUACCUCAAUUUACUAUUCAGUGUCAAACUCGAUUUUAUUCCAUUAUUCACUUUAAUAGCAUCAGGUCUUUCAAUGCUCUCUAG